UUGUUAUCAAAACGUGUCAUAGUUUAUUAGGGAUAAAACAAGGAAGUUUACUCGAGUCAGAAAUAACAAUUUGAGAAAUAUACAACAAUGGAUUAUAGGAUGCAUUUGGUGUUUAUUACUCUGUGUCUUAUUGUCACGGCAUGUGCAGCAUCGACAUCAUCUAGUCCAACAACAGAGCAAGUAACAACAGCUACACCAACAACAACAGCAAAUGUAACAGGAACAACAACUUUUACAUCAACAAAUGAAAAUUCAACAACAUCACCAACAACAACAACACCAACAACAACACCAACAACAACAACACCAACAACAACAACAACAACGGCAUCAGAUCAAACAGAUACAACAGCAUCGACAUCAACAGAAACAAAGACGUCAACACCACCAUCGACAACAGCACAGGCAGUCGAAACUUCAAAUGCAUCAGAUACUAAAUCCACAUCAAUAACAACGACUCCUGACCUAAGUAGCACUACCACAAACAUCGAUGAAACGAGCACUCCAGCCGACACUGAUACCACAUCUGCCUCAGAAGCUACUGCGGAGCUCACUACCACAGAAAAUGCAAGUCAAGGUCCAGUGGUUCAACGACAGAAGAUGAAGAAACCGUAUGAGGGUAUCGAAGCUGUGGCCGGUGUCAGCAUAUCACUGAUUUGCUUGGUUAUGAUCGGAUUGGCCGUGUUCACAGCGCGCCUCGAAGCCGGGACUGCAAAGAUGGUUGACAGCAAGACUGCCACCAAAACCAAGAACAACACGGUCCCAAAACAGACUUUUCAGAAAAUGGACGAACAAUCUGCUGCGAAGCUAUGAGUUAUUAUGAUAUUAAGUAAUAAGAUCUGUGUGUGUCUGUCUGUGUUUAUUGCACUUUGAACAAUUUAUUUAAUACAAAUGUAAAGCAGUUUGUGAUUUUGUGAAGUUGCUGUUAAAAGAUGUCAUUAUUAUAUCCUUAUGUUCUUUUUUAAUAUCUGAAAGACAUGUUGAAUCGCAUUUGUUUUUGCUAAAACAGUUUGAACAAUAAAAUAAAUGUUAAAUAAACAGUAUGAUGAUAUUA